AGUACGUUGUGCCACGACUAAGCUUGGAAGCUCGGGGAAUCACAAGCAAGGAGGGUAAGGCUGAUCUUGUCUGGAGUUCCCUGACGUGCCCAUCUCUGAACUACGGGAGAGCCAGCCUCUGUUUAUGGAAGCAAGCACGGUUUCAAGAGCUUUUGAAGGAAAAAGCAUUCCAGUUAUCUUUCAGAGAGUGGUUGCUGUUGGAACUAGAGGUGCACCCUGAAAAGGAUGUUCUUUCUGCUUCAGAAAGGCAGGACUUCCAUUACUGGGCUAUCUAUCAGUGGUAUCUUCCAGCACCUUCUGCUUCUGGUGGCUGUGAUGGAGACCUGGAAAAGGCAUGUGGCAUCAUUAUCAACUGCAUUCUGGAUUUCUCACAAAGGUUGGACCUGGGUAGCUGUGGCCAGGUGAAGUCAGUCAGUCCUGAUAUUCUUUGCAAGUUGCAGGAGAUGGUACUCGAGCUGGGAUGUAGGCGAAGGCCACCUUCAGGCUGCUUGGAUGCCAAGAGACACUUCUUGUUUGAGAUUCUCCAGGAAAGGCUGAAAGACAGACACCAUAGUUCUGCUUUGGGUGAACAGCUGUGGAGGCAGCAGGAGCUGCUGCUGCACAGAAGGAUUCUGGUGGGGCUCCCUGCAUCCACUCUGAUCGUGACUUGUCGAAAAGGAAAGAAAGCUCUGUUGGACUGUGAAGAUUUUUUUCAUUAUGUAAACUCAGAGCUGAAGAACGUCUGUUCCAGGGGGUAUGCGCUUUCCUAUGGCAUCACUGCACACUUCUUCAGGGGCCUGCUGAAUGCCAGCUUGGACUGUGAAGAACCAGCAGAAGGGGUCAAUGAUGUACUAACAACGUGUCAAACCAAGUGUCCCAUUGUGCUGUUCUCUGCAGUGCUCUGGUGGCCACGGUUGGAGCCAGUGCUUUGCUCUCAGUGGAAGAGACUCUUUGGUGCUCCACUUCCAGAAGAAUUGGAGAGACUGAGGGAAUGCCAGUCCUCAGCAGUGGGCUUCCUUUCUUCAGGACGGGUUUUCCCUCUCUCUGGCCCUCCUUGGAUUUCUGCUGCCUUCCUCCAUUGCACUGUUCAACAGCACUCACCAUGUGGAAGAGAGAGAAAUGUACUGAAGAGACUGGGAACUGACACAGAGCAGUUUCUUGUUUCUCUGCUGUUCUUCUCACUCAUGGAUCUAAUCUCAGCAAAAAUAGCACCAAAGGAAGGUGUGGAUUUUCAGACAUCUCUGGAAUGGGCCCUGGAGAUCUUGCAAUGCCUGGAAGAGAGGGGCAUAUCCUGGCCACUUCUCUUCCUGUCAGCAGAAGAAGGCUCUGGAAAAUACUCUGUCCUGCACUGCGCAGCCUCAGACCGCCACAGCCGGCUCUUGCCUGUUGCCUUCUACAGCCUUACCCCCGGCUUUCACCACAAGCUGCUCAACAGAGAGCACCUCUUCCUUUACGUGGCACUCAAUCUCUACAUCCAGCUGCUUCAGCUCUUUGUGGAAGGGAAAGACCUGCCCCAGCCUAAGCAGGCAGAUCCCUUAGAAGUGAUCUCUACAGCCCGUCAGUUCCUCCUCGGUGCAAUUCCAUGCUGCCCUGCCAAAAGCUUUGGAAACAUAGGACUGUUACUGGAGGCAUGUGAAAAACUCGACCCAGAGGUGGGAGCCAUCCUCCAGCACUUCUCCCGGCCUGCUGCAUCCAUGGAGGUGGAUGAAGAGCUGCUCCUGUUCUGAGUGACAGUGACACUGCUGCAGGGAGCAGGCUGAGCAGAACACACUGCCUGCAGGUGAAGGGAAAGACACCACACUACCUUUCCCACUAGUACUGUUUCUUUCCAAUUACUUUGUAAAUAAUUUAUUACAAGCAUAACCAUGAAGCUCUUAUUACAAUAAAAAGUAGGUUACAAACUUCA